AUGAAUGAACCAAAGAUUGGUCAGUCUAUUCCGUUCUAUGCGGAUGAUGUUGACGCCGCCACAGAAAUAUUAUUCGAUGUUAUUCAGUUCGAGUAUUACUGGAGGGUCAUAUGUUUUGAUGGUUGGAAUGGAUUUGGAGCAUCCGCUGUUCUUACAUCAGUAGCUGCAGUGCUUCCAUCUAGGAGAACCACUCCGGAACUAUGCUUUGACAAAAUAAUCUUUGUAGAUUGCUCAAAGUGGAAAAAUAGAAGAGGAGUGCAGAGGGCAAUUGCAGAAGAAUUGCAACUUGAUCGCUCUGUAAUGACUAUUUUAGAUAAGCAAGAUGAAGAUGACGAUUUUCAGGGACAUGAUGAAAGCCUGAGGCAUGAGAUAUAUAGUGUUAGUCAAGUGAUUGAUCGAACCCUGAGGGAUGUCAAAUUUAUGAUGAUUUUUCUUAAUGGGAGUGAUGACGAGGUUGAUGUAGGUCUCAUGGGUAUUCCUCUAACAAGAUAUGGCAACAACGUGAUGUUAUGGACCUUCAGCAGAAGCUGUCUGACCAUGCACCAGGACCGUUCUGAGGUAGCAAAAAAGCUAAGAUAUACUCAGGUUUUCUGUCAUUGCUCUAUCAAAGACUUGAGAAGCUUUCAGUUUCUUGGACUGCUACAUCAAGAAGCUGCUACCGUAGUUCCUUGCAAUACAUGUAUUCUGGACAUUGACCAAGCAAUUAUUGGAGGUUGUUGUCUUUAUGAGUUAUUCCUGCACUAUAAUUUCCACAAUGUCAGUAAAUUUGGUUGGGUAUCUCAUGCUUCCAACUAUUGGAUAUGCGAUGCAAUCAUACAAGGGGACAAAGCAAGGGAUAUUAGUAAUGCAUUGUAUCGAGAGAUAAAUUGGAAGUGUGAUGCUUCUCUGCUUCAGGAUGUUCUUACAAAGUCUAUGAAACAAUUGGAGCCUCGUUUUCUAGUAAUCAAAGAUGAUGAUGUCUAUGAAGAAGGCCCAUACCGUUGGAUUUCGGUCACGUCAAGAGAUGCAGAAGUACAUGCUAUGAAAACAAUACCUGCAACGGCAUCAUCUUUCUUCUUGGCAUUUGAAAUAUCCAAACACCCAACAGCUUUACCAGAUGGAUUUUUUGAUCAUUGCAGCAAGCUCGGUGUGCUGGUUCUCUAUUGUUGUUCCUUUAGUUUUGCUUCACCUUCUUUCCUGAAGUGUCGUAGCCUAAGAUUCCUUGGACUGGACCACUGUACAGAUGACGAAACUAUUGGAGGAGAGAAUCAUGCAGUUUGGUUAUGUCUGAAUAGCUUGUGGGUGUUGGACCUGCGUUACACCGAUUGGAAUGAAAUCUUAUCCAAGGAAAUGUUAAACCUCAUGAAAAAUAUCAGAGAGUUAAAUAUAGAGGGAGUCAGGGGCUGGCAAUACACCGCUGAGCUACAAGGGCGGUUACCUAACCUCCAGAGGCUCCGAAUAAUCAAACCGACAUGUCAAUGGAAGACCUCAGAGGAUGUCGAUAACUACUUCAUGGAUAAGAAAAGUAUGGAAAUACUUGACUUGUCUGGCAAUUGUGACAUGAAGAUUCUUCCAACAAGCUUAUCAAAGGCAGGUAGCCUCCGGAUGCUUGUACUUGAUGGUUGUGAUGAACUGGAAAGUGUUGGUGGGCUUCCUCCUUCCCUCAAAUCCUUUAGCUUUAAUGGGUAUGGGGCAGCUGCUCAAUGGACACAAACUGUUGAGCUACCUCUGGAACAAUUUCGUCCAUCCAGGACAACAGAUAAUAAGGAUGUCAGAAUAUCCAAGAUCUCCUUAGUAGGCUGCACACAGUUGGAGAAUUUGUACUUGUGUGGGCUACCCAACCUAGUGGAACUGGACCUCUCUGGAACACCAAUCAAGAUACUUGACUUCAAGACUAUGGUGGUGCAAAUACCAAGUCUCAAACGACUGUUUCUAAUAGGAUGCAAGCACCUUCGUGCAAUAACCUUUUUGCACCAGAGUGUUUCUGACCUGGAGUUGAUGUGCGUAGACACGCGAGAUGGAAUUGUGUGUCCUCGGCCAUCUAUCAGCAAAAACAAACCUUCUGGGCUGCAGAUCCAUGCUAUUGUUGUGGAUGCGAGGCUUGGUCGCUCCUUGCGGAAACUGAUUUCUAAUUAUAUAGAAAAUGUUCAUUUUAAUAUCCACCUCACCUCCUCACCUGUGUAUGAUGGGGUUAUUCAAUUUGAAGCAACUAGCAAUGAUAUGAUUGGCACCAGUGAUCAAGAGAGAACACAUCUUAUUCCAACAGACCAGUAUAGUGAUGUCCUUGGGAUGGUUGGUGCUGCCCCAAUGCAGGCCUUUCCACAACCUCCGAGUACAAAGUCUAAUCGACAUGUAGAGAUUGCUGAAGGGAGCUUCUACGUGGAGAGGGAACUUGGCGGAGCACUAGGCAUGAUGGCAAAUUAUGUGGAAUCCCUGCAAGUGCAUGAUGUCUCGGUUCGUGCUAUUGUGCCACAAGGCCGUUGGUGGGGCAAGCUUAGGUGGUGUUGCUUGGAGAUGUGCCCAAAAGUGGAUACUGUCUUCCAUGAGAAUUCAUUCGCAUUUACUGCAUUGGAGAACUUGUGGGUGUCAGAUCUCCUGAUGGCCCGCUCGAUUUUGCGUAAAGGUUCACGCAUUAAUCGAUAUGGUGUGAUUGGAUCCUUUGAAAAUUUACAGCACCUUCAGCUGCGUUCAUGCCCCAGCCUCCAGUUUGUGCUCCCUCUGUGGGUCUCCUACUUCCCCAGCUUGGAGACCCUCCACAUCAUCCACUGCAGCAACCUCAGCCACGUCUUCGUACAGGACGAAAUGACUACCUUUGGUGUACUAUUCCCGAAGCUGGCGACCAUCCACCUGCACGACCUCCCGAAGCUGCAGGAGAUAUGCGAGGUCGAGAUGGUGGCCCCUGCGCUCAAGAGCCUCAAGAUCAGGGGAUGCUGGAGCCUGCGCAGGCUGCCAUCCGUGGGUGCUCGUGGCGGUGGUGAGAAGAAGCCGGCCGUCGAGAUGGAGAAGGACGUGUGGGAUGCUCUGGAGUGGGACGCCGACCUCCGCCCCGACCACUUCAUGGCGCCGGUCCACUCGCGCUACUACAAGGAGAAACUGCCCAGGGUCUCCGUCCUCAGGUGA